UGCUUCUGAUCCCUCUCUUUUCAUCUCUCUCCACCCGUCUCUGAUCUUCAAUCUCGAUCUCUAGCUAUUUGUAUACUGUGUGAUUACAGGAAAAGCCACGUUGAUAAGCGGUCCGUAUUUGUGUGGUUGGCAGGAAAAAGGGAUCUCUGCACUUUGUUUAAUCUUUACUGUUCCUUCAAUCCUUUCUCCGGAGAAUCUCAAGGACCACUUCUCUUCAGAGCUAAGCAAGUAAGCAGAGUGAGAAUCCAUUAAAGCUUCAGAAAUGUUGCUUAGAAGCUCUUCAACCCCAAUUCUUGGCUCUCUACUCCCGUCUUUUUCUGAGAGUCCUAACAAAGACUUGGAAAACAACAAGCACCCUUCGAGCUCUGACUACCAUCUCAAGAAAAUCUCGUUUUCGCACGGUGGGUAUCCCAGUUUCAGCUCAUUCUCCUGUACCUCAUCUCCUAUCUCUUACUCUAUCAUGGGUUUUACCGACUUCGACAAAGGGUCGAACAGCAGUGGCUCAAGCGGCUUCAGAAGGGUCCAGUCGGACGGGAACCUAGCAGGACUGGCCGCGGCUUCCUGCGAUAUCGACGAGUUCCAGUACUCUAACCUACCGACGAAACCCUCACGGAGACCCAGUAUGCCAAUGUUGGAGACGAUUCCGAGUUUCUCGUUUUAUAAUUCGAGAGGUAGGAAAGAAGAUGAAGACGACGACGACGACAACCAACAAAAAGAGCAAGCAGAGGUUAAAGAACUGGGUGAAGGAGAUUGGUUCUUGGAGAGGUCUGUUACGAUCGGAGACAGAAUUUCUGCUGCCCUGGGAAGCGGCGAGUUCACUUAUGAGAAGAUUAACAACAUGGGUUUGAUUGUGGAGGAGGAGGUUGAUUUGGGUCUUGCAGCAGAAACAGAGACAGCUAGUCCACCACUCUAUCUUGCUAGAGGAAUUGGAAUUGGUAUGUGUGGACUUGGUGGUGGUAGUGGCGGAGGAGGAGGAGGAGGUGGUGGUGGUGGAGGUGGUGGUAGCGGUGGCCAGUCGGACUUUGGUGAAGGCGGCCGAGAUGGAUCAGACGUGGAGGAGCAUUAUAAGAAAAUGGUUGAGGAAAACCCAAGCAACCCUUUGUUCCUAAGGAAUUAUGCGCAGUUCCUGCAUCAGUCCAAGGGAGACCUUCGAGGAGCAGAGGAGUACUACUCGCGAGCUAUGCUAGCGGAUCCCAGGGACGGUGAAAUAUUGUCACAGUAUGCAAAACUGGUGUGGGAGCUCUAUCACGACCAUGAAAGAAGUGCAAACUACUUCGAACGGGCAGUUCAAGCAUCACCUGAGGAUAGCCAUGUACUUGCAGCCUAUGCGAGUUUUCUAUGGGAAACAGAGGACAAUGAGGGAGAACAUGGCUUAUCACAGGAUCCUGCCGGAGUUUCAGCUUAUCAUGUGGCAUCAGCAAGUGCUUAAUGGACAACAGCUAGAAGGAGGGAUAAUUAUCAAUUAUCAAUGUUUCAUUUAAAUGAAAAUCGCAUCGCAGUGUUGACAGUGGAAUCCAUGCCAAAGUUGCUUCUCUACAAGAAGGAUCAUCUGUAAUUUCACUUGGUGUUAAUGAAUAUGAAUUAUGAUAUGAUCAUGAAAACAUGAUCAAAUCCUAAGUGCAAUUACUUGAAAUAAUUCACCAUUAGUUACUCUACUGCUUAUGAAAGCGUGCUAGAUCAGUGAUCUGGUUGAUGUUGGAUCUUUACCAACUUGUAUCUUACAAGAAGAAUGUAUAAAAGUUUAUUGGGAARCCAAUAAUAAAAUUGUUCUGUACUGAAUUUUUUAAA